CACUAACUCAAUCAAUUUCAAAAGUGGCUGUCGUGCCUUACUAAUGGAUGAUCAUGAUUUUUUUCCAAAGCCACAGCCUCUGCAUUUAUUUAUUCAUUUAUUUUAUUAUCAUUCAUUUCUAAAUUUCCACAUAAUUUAAUCCCAUCCACACUGGCACGCUCCUGCUGAAUGAAACUGAUGAAAAAUUUUCCCAUUUCCAUUUUCAUUUCUUUGACUUCUUUUCUGGUUGCAAUUAUCAAUAAUCAUUCUCAUCAACUCAGGCCCUCCCAUUUUCCUUAUAAAUAUUUCAUAAAUAUUCCUUCUUUACGUUACAAAAAAAAGUUUUCAUACUCAAAAAAUGAAAACAAAACUCAAAAUCCCUCCUUCUCGUUCAGUCAUUUUUCCUCUGUAACAUAUAAGCAGAAAAGCAGCCACCCUUUUGACCCCACCUUUUCUCAUUCUGGAACUGUGCGGAGCCCAGAAAAGGGCAGCCAUUAACCAUCAGAGUUUUCUCUGUUUCUUGUUUAAUUUCCUAAUAAAUAUGGACAGCUGAAUACAUGUCUCAUCUACCCAUUUGUAUCAAAAAAUAAGAACAAAAUGGGCGGAUGCUGUUGUUCUUCACGCAAACCUCAGUUUCAUGGAACCCCUGUAUAUUACUAUUGCCCAUCUGUCUCUGAGGAACAUGAGUCCUUGACUUCUAAUGAUAGUGCUGCAACUGCAUUAACUGCCGGUUUUCUGGUAGAUUUGAAUCUCGAUACAUCAAUACCAGAUACUUUCCGAUCACCUCCGACUCCCAUUCCCUUUGAUGUGGUUUUGGGGCAUCCACCAACGGCCGCUGCCGAUACUGCAGGAGAACCAGGGAACGAAUCUAUGGCUUUGAAAGAAUCUCACUUCAAAGCUGAUAGUGGGUUCCUUCUUGCUUCUGCCAAAAAGAUCGACUCUGAGCUUCUGAAAUCGGACCGUCAGAUAAACCCUUUGAAGGCCGAUGAAGAAGCAGAUAUUUGUCCAACAUGCCUUGAAGAUUAUGAUGCAGAGAAUCCAAGAAUUGUGACAAAAUGUAAUCAUCAUUUUCAUCUCUCUUGCAUACUUGAAUGGAUGGAAAGAAGUAACACCUGCCCCAUAUGUGAUCAGGUUUAUGAACAUCUGUUUUCCAUCUUUUUGUUUGGGAUUUAUGAACAUCUGCACAAGAAGCAAUAGUGAUUGACGAUGCUUAACAUUACAGGAAAUGAUUUAUGAAACUUUAUGAUGACUCGGUAUUGAGGUGCCUUGAGCCUAUCAGCAAUGAAGGUGCCGCAGCAUGGAGAUUGAUUCCAAAUGUCUGGAGUAAGGUUUUCAUGCUUUCAAUUAGGGUAGUGCCGGCAAAUUUUUUCUCGACAUUGAACUCGAUGCGAAAUAAUCCUGUAAAUUAUGUGCAUAGUUUGUGAUGUAAAAGUUAAGUUGGGGGCAUCUUGUUGAAAUCUAGAGAAGAAUCUAGAGUCACCUAAUCGAUAUGGAAAAAUGUGGCUACUGGUGCAGGAUAGUUUCUUUUCAUUUGAAGGUACAAAGUACUUCCAUCCCUUUACAAAAAGAAGUACCCCCAUCCAAAAGACAUCAGCCUUUUUUAACCUUGAAACACAAUAUUCACAUCAGCAAAGAUGAACAAUCCAAGUUGCUUUGCCAUGUCUGUAAGGGUUGUUACUUUCAUUCGUGUUCGCGUGGUUGUGGCAAUCUUUUGCAGUUGUCUAUUCAGUAAUAUAUGGUUUCCUUUUGACCUAAUGCAUACACACUAGUCUCUUCAGUAACCCAUGUGUGAUAUGCCGAAACAUUAAUAACUGUAACAAAGGCUAGUAACAAGAGACAUAAUCCAGAGAUAAAGGCCCUAAGGGUCUCUCUGGAAGAUAAUAUGAAACUCUAGACAAUUAAUCUCAUUGACGGAACCAUAAAGUACGUCCUUGUGCUAUACGACGAGGACUCGGUAAUCCUAAUGGAUAGAAACUCCUCCAGUAAAUAUCCACUUUUGGUAUGAAUUGGAACUUGCAUGGAACACGAGUCGAACACUUACCCUUUUAGCCUCUUUAUUCAGAAACUUUGUUAUUGGGUUAGGUUAACGUGUUUGUGUAUGACAAUAGCGUCGGUAUGCACAAUUGGAGGCUGUAGGCUGCUUCUGAAACCAAAACGUGGAAGCACGAACUAAUCCAUCAUGCCUUCUGGAAAGACGAAGCGAAAUUAAUUGAAAGUAUCCCCUGAGCUGGUCAUCAGAAAAGACGUUUGGGCGUGACAAACUCCUCAGACGGUAACGAUUUCCAUAAAUCAUGGAUGUAGACAGCGGACAGGGGUGCACUAGCAAUCCCUUCUUUGCUACACUCAACACUCCCAGGGAUGAAAGAUCUUGUCAGAUCACAACAUAGUACCUAAGGAAUAUGCAACAAUCCUCAACAUCUCUCUAAAUUUGUGUAUAUUCUAAUGUAACUAAUUUUAUCAAUGUGCUCCCUUGAUGGCUGGAUUUCAUCUGUGAAGUUCAGUUCUGACUCGUGACUUACCUUUGUGGUUAUGGAGAUCUGUUCCUGGUGGUAUGCAACAACUAAAAGUGACAUGUGCAUUGCUAAUCUACCUAUGAAAAUCAACUAUUGAUUACAGAAAUGCAACCGAGCAGUUUAAAGUAUGACGGAGAGUGAGUAUGGUGGUAAAAUGAGAGACAGUUUUUAGCCAUAUAAGGCCAGAAUGAUCUCUCUCUGUCGGAG